UCGAAACUAGUCACGUGACCAAAGUUGAAUCCGAAGAGCGAUUGUCAAGUUAUAUUGCAGUAUCGGAGAUGGCGAAAGAGAAUAACGCUCAAAAUAAGGAUGAAAUAGUGCAAAAUAAAAAAGAAGAAAAAACUGAGGCCGAGAAUUUAUCACCAGAUUUAUUAAUCAAGCAUCCAUUACAAAAUAGAUGGACUUUGUGGUUUUAUAAGAAUGAUCGGACAAAAGCCUGGGAAGAUAAUUUGCUUCAGAUUACUACAUUUGAUACAGUAGAAGAUUUUUGGGCGUUGUAUAAUCAUAUAGAAUUGGCCAGCAAAUUACCAGUUGGAUGUGACUAUUCAGUAUUUAAAGAAGGAAUUCAACCAAUGUGGGAAGAUGCCAGAAAUAAAAGUGGUGGUAGAUGGCUGAUAAAUAUGUCACGUCCUCAACGUUCAUCUGAUUUAGAUAAUUAUUGGCUCGAAACACUUUUUUGUUUGAUAGGUGAAGCUUUUGAUGAAUUUAGUGAUGAAGUAUGUGGAGCAGUAGUACAAAUAAGGCCAAAAGGUGAUAAGAUUGGUAUUUGGACAUCACAUACAGAUCAUGCAGAUGCUAAUAUUAAAAUUGGUUGUAAAUUAAAAGAAAGAUUGAAUAUACAUCCACAGUGCAUGAUUGGCUUUCAGGCUCAUACUGAUACUCAAUUAAAAUUGGGAUCAUCAGCUAAAUAUAAAUUUCAAGUUUAACUUCUUUUAACUGAAUUAAUUCUAUAGUUUAAGAAAAAUGCCCGGAGAGAAUGUAUGUUAUAUCCUUAUAUUCAAAUUAGAUGAUGUGCUGAACGUUCUUAACAGAUGGUCAAAAGAAAAUACUAAUAAAUUAUCAUAUUAUAUAGUAUUAUAAAACUAUUUUAUUUUUCCUCAAAACUUUUGUAUUAUUUUGGUAUUAGUUGUCAUAGCCAUGAUGAUUGAUUGUCAUUGGUGUUUGUAGGUGAAAAGCUUACAUUUUUUGUUUUUUUUUCUUUUUCAUACAUUGUUAUAUUGUUAAGCUACAAAUGCCAUUAGUCUAAUUUAUAAAAAAUAUAUAUAUAAUGUGUUUGGUAUUUAAAAUAUUAUAAUAUGAAAAUUA